UCGUUUAAACCAGGACUAAGUCAGUCAGUUCAAGAUUAAACAUGGCCAAGGACGGCCGAAGCGGUGCUCUUGUCCGGAAGUUUCCUUUUGACUUUAUUCCUUUACGGGAAAAUGCACAAAUUCAGAAGGAUUUCCUUGGAUACACAAGAGGCUUGGUGCAAUGUCAACCUGAAGGAUGGAUUUUUGGGGGAUUCUUUACGGAGCAUGCCGAGAGAAUCUAUAACAUGGAAGUUAGGGACAAUGACGUGUGGAUAGUGAGUUACCCCAAAUCUGGGACAACUUGGAUGCAGCAAAUUGUGUGGUUCCUGCUAAACAACUUUGAUUACCACGUCGAAUCCCACAUCGACGUGAGAAGCCCUUUCAUAGAUUUUGAUAUGUGCAUCCCCAAGGAAAAGUUUCGAGAUGAGCUGGAUGCAAAAAAGGAAAAGCUCCUGGCGGAAAAUCCGAAAGAUCCCACGUUGGCCCUCGUCAAUGAACAACUUGCAUUCAUGGAUACGACAGGCUAUGAAGAUGCGCAAAAUUUGCCCAAAGAUACGCCCAGACUACUCAAGUCCCAUUUGCCAUUUAGCCUUUUGCCCCCGGACCUCUUGCGAAGAAAUAAGACGGUGUAUGUUGCUCGAGACCCAAGAGACGUGGUAGUUUCUUAUUUUCACCAUCAUCGUCUCAUCCGCCAUCACGAAUUCGUUGGGGAUUUUAAGGCCUUCUUCCAUUAUUUCAUCCAAGAGAAAGUCUUAUGGAGCCCAUAUUGGAGACACAUCAGUCAAGCGUGGAAGCAUCGAAAAUCAGAUAACCUCCUUUUUGUGUUCUUUUCCGACAUGAAAGAGGACUUAUCUGAUGUGGUGGACCGACUUUGUGCCUUCCUCAAAGUCAGUCUGACUCACGAAGAGAAAGAAACUCUUCUGGAUCAUUUGAACAUCAAGAAUAUGAGGGCAAACGCCUCUAUUGACGAUACAGAGGUCAUGAUUCAAUUGGGCCUUUUCAAGGAAAACGAAGGCUCAUUCAUUCGAAAGGGGAAAUCUGGGGGAUGGAAGGACUACUUUGAUGAUGAAAUGAUUCAAGAAAUGGAAGUGUGGAAAGAGAGGAAUUGCAAAUUGUUCGACGUGCCCAUUGAGAAACUUUGCUGCGAAGGGUACGCUCUACGCGUAAAAACGACAGACACUAACCUCAGUUGCACACUGGAGCUUCACGUGAUCAGUUUGAACAUCAUGAGUCUUCCUUACACUUUGGUGCCUAUCUCGGAGGAGGAAAAGGCCUUCCGAGCCAAGAUUUAUGGUGGCCCCAAGACCUGUAUGGUCGAUAUGGUGGUGGCCCAGCCUUAUGGGAUCUAUUUGCCCAAAAAGUUUGAGAAAAUUGCCGAAGAUAUUUACAACAUGAAAAUUCGCCCCGAUGACGUGUUCAUGAUCGCUUUUCCCAAGGCAGGAGGAACGUGGAAUCAGGAGUUGUUAUGGCAACUUUCCAACGGUCUAGACUUCGAGAAAGGGAAAGAGAACCUGUUCUUCCGGUCUCCGUUUCUGGAAUUGACCUGCUUGUGUGGAGAUGCUCCUGCUGUUCCCGCCAUGGACGACAACGAAGCUAUGGAUAGGAUGAUGAAAAUCAAGCAAAAUUCCGUUCAAUCCGUGGCGGACAUGCCCUCGCCUCGUGUGAUCAAGACUCAUCUGCCUUUGGAAAUGCUUCCACCCAAUCUCUUGGACACGGCCAAGGUUGUCUGGGUCAAUCGAAACGUGAAUGACUCGGUCGUGUCCUUUUAUCACCAUGAGAAGCUUCUGCCCGUUCAUGGUCUCACGGCUUCUUUUGAAGAGCAUGCCAAGCUCUACAUGGAAGGCAAGACCCUCUAUGGAUCAUAUUGGACUUUCAUGCAGGCAAUGUGGAAACACAAGGACCAUCCAAAUCUGAAGGAGAUCAAGUAUGAGGACAUGAAGAACGAUCUCAAGGGCACCAUCCGCAACACGGCCAAAUUUUUGGGGAAAGAUUUUCCCGAAGAAAAAGUGGAUCUCUUGGUGGAACAUUUAUCGUUCGAGACGUUCAAAAAUAAUCCAGCAGUGAACAUGAAACCUCCCAAAGGAUCAGUCCCAGACGAGGUCAGGGAUCAGUUCAACUUCAUCCGCAAAGGUCAAGUUGGAGACUGGAAGAAUUAUUUCCAAGGGGAUUUCCUCGAGGAGUGGAACAAAUGGAUCGAUAACAACAACCCUGACUCUGCCAUUCCAAUGAAAUUUGAAUGAACUCGGCUUCUCUAUUUACAAUUAUACUUAUACUGAGAAGCCCGAAACAGAUGGAAAACAAUUUCUCAGAA